AUGCCGACCGUCGCGCUCUCCGUUCCCGCGAUCGCGCGCGUCCACCGACCCCGUCCGCGCACGACGGCUCGGGGCCGUGCCCCGACCCGCGUCGCGCGGGCCUCCGCGGCGGGGGCGCCCGACGAGGCCUCCGCCGGCGCGGCCGCGUCGUCGUCCGAAUCCGACGCGCUCCGCAAGUGCGCGAUCGCGUUCGUGGACCGCCACGUGAGCUCGGGCGACAGGGUCGGCAUCGGCGCCGGUCCCAUGGUGUCGCUCGUCCUGGCCGAGAUUCACGACAGGCUCGCCGACUCCCGGCUCGACGACGUCCAGGCUGUGCCGACGGGGACGCUCACCGCUAAAGAAGCCGCCGUCGCGGGCGUACCCGUGACGAGCCUCGAGAACGUCCCCGCGGUCGACGUGUGCGUCCUGCAAGCCGACGAGGCGGUCACGUACAGGUCGGAAAAGUCCCCGGGCAUCGCCGCCAUCGUGGGUCGCGAGCAGCGGCCGGUGCAGCCCGACCUCAUCCUCACCAGGAAGGUCAUCAGGAAGUCCGUCAAGGUGGUGCUGCUCGUGUCCGCGCUCGGGGAUCCGGUCCCGCUGGGCGGCAGCGUCCCCGUCGCCAUCGUCGGCGGUCAGUCCGAGUGGGAGGAGUGCGCCGAGGAGCUCGACGAUAUCUUCCUCGGCGACGCGGAUGUGUGGAGACGAGGAGCGGAGGUCGAGGCGAACCCGCGCGGCGGCAAGGCGCCGUACCUCUCCGCCGACGGCGUUCACACGAUCGUGGACCUGAGGUUCAACGACCCCCUCAACGACGGCGAACGGUGGGACGACGGCUUCCAACUCUUCGGGUCGGCGGCGACGCCCUACCAAAUCGCGGCGGAGGUGGAGACGGUGGACGGCGUCCUCGCGCACGGGAUCGUGACGCAGGCGGACAGCGUGAUGUGGCCGGACGCGAGCGACGCGAGCGGCGUCGGCGAGUUUGUCGUGGCGAACAAGGGGCUCUCCCGGUGA